AUGAUAAGAGCAGGACAAGUAAAAAGAAGAGCAACAUGGAACUUAGGUGAAUUUGCCGAGCUAUGGGACGUUCCAGAUGACACUGAAUGGGACGACAAGGGACGGACCAUGAUCUCGUACAUUUACGUUUCUUUUGAUAGAAUCAUAAGAUCUAUUCAGUUUGGCUACUAUGAAAAUGAAGCUCUAGUCCUGUCUGAAACGUAUGGUUCCUCUGACGACCAUUAUACUAACCUUUCAAAUGAGAUUGUGGAGGUGAAACUGGGUAAAGAUGAGUAUGUGACUGGAUUGAGUGGAGAAGUAGGAUUGUGUGAAGGAAUCAGAAACUUGACGUUUCACACUAACCUUGGGAAGCACGGACCCAUUGGAAAGUUCGAGUAUAAUAACUACACAAGUGGUUCCAAUGUCAUUGAUCCAGAGAUACGUGAUCGACGUGGGUUUGGUGGUUUCUAUGGCUCUUACAAUUCAAACGGUCUAUCAUCAUUGGUAUCUAUGUGA